GUGCGAGAGACGGGCAGCAGAACGGCGUGCGCCUGGCGAGACAAAGGCGUCGGACCAGGGAACAGGAGAAAGAGGCGAGACAUACUUCUUGUUUUUUCGGGACACAUCUGCACGGAAAUGUGAAGAAAGUCACCGGAACAGUAGAUUGGGUGAUGGGAAGAUAAAACAUCGGAAUUCAGCACGAGCUGAACCCCUGUCCCUCCUCAUAUGCUUUUAAAAUAAUUUCUCCAACGCCCCCAAAUUAGCAAGCCUGCUAGCGUUAGCCAACUGCUUGCCACACUCAUCAUUCCUUCAGAAUCAGAAGAAAGGACCAAGAUAAACUACAGGAGGUGGCCAAGAGACAAAAAGGAGCUGAACGUCUACUUAAUUCGUCUCCUGAAGUCUGAUGUACAAAUACGGGGACUAUGCCUAGCCCCCUGUUUCAUCCCGAUAUCAUGGAUCACGAAAUGGUAGUGAGCAGUCCGCAGCAGAACGGGGUCACUUUAUCGAGAGAGACCGACCAAGAGUCCCGGGAGGAGGACCAUCAGGAGGUGCUCCGGUAUGCUCUCGACCAGCUCUCGCUUAUGGCUAUGGAGAAGGUCGACCGCGGCGGCGGGAUGGUGGAAUCUCUAGACGACACUCCGGGCUCGGUGGGGGAGACGUGUAACGUCAACGGCGUUGGAGGCGGAUAUGUGGACCUACAGAUGCUGGAACACCCAGGCGGCUCACGGGAGUCCCCGACGUCCUGCUCCCCGUCCCCGGAGUACUAUGGCACAGGCGGCUACCACAUGGCCGGCCCGCACUCCCAUCCCAUUCUCGGGGAACAAAGCUCCGUGCUGAGCCGAAAGAGGAGCGUCAACAUGACUGAAUGUGUACCUGUGCCUAGUUCGGAACACGUCGCAGAAAUAGUUGGGAGACAAGGCUGUAAGAUCAAGGCCCUGCGCGCCAAGACCAACACAUACAUCAAGACUCCAGUGCGCGGGGAGGAGCCCGUGUUCAUAGUGACGGGCAGACGCGAGGACGUCGAGAUGGCCAAGCGUGAGAUCAUCUCGGCCGCCGAGCACUUCUCCAUGAUCCGCGCCUCACGCUGCAAGGCUGGAGCCGGACAGGGCCCCGGGGCGAGCGGCACCGGAGGCCCUCUCCCCGGCCCCCCCAACCUGCCUGGCCAAACCACCAUCCAGGUGCGGGUGCCGUACCGCGUGGUGGGUCUGGUGGUGGGGCCCAAGGGAGCCACCAUCAAGCGAAUCCAACAGCAGACGCACACGUACAUCGUGACGCCGAGCCGCGAGAAGGACCCUGUGUUUGAGGUCACUGGCAUGCCAGAGAAUGUGGACCGGGCACGUGAGGAGAUCGAGACGCACAUCACGCUGCGCACGGGCGCCUUCGUCGACCUGCAGGCCGACAACGACUUCCACAGCAACGGCACAGACGUCAGCCUGGAGGGUCUGGGGGCCGCGCUGGCCGGGGGAGCCGGGGGGCUCGGAGGAGCGCUCUGGUCUCGUGCCACCCACCACCACCACCAUCCUCACCCUCACCCUCACGCCCACCCCCACCACGCCCACUCGUCCUCAGCCUCAGGAUCCCCUCCUCCUCCCCCGCCCCCGCCCCCACCACUCCCCCUCUCCUCAGCUCCCUCCUCACGCAAGCCUUCGGCCUAUCACAACGGAGGCAUGGGGCUGGACGCCUACCCCCCGACACGACGCGCCACUGACGGCGGGAGCCCCACCAGCCCCUUUAGCACCGGCAGCAGUGGAGGCGGCGGCUUCUCCUUCGGUUCCGACCCGACGGGCCUCACCGGGCCUCCCGGUGCUGCCGAUGACCUGGCCUUUGAGUUCAGCGCCGCCAACAUCUGGGCGCCGUUUGUGAAUGGCGGGAAGCCGCAGCAGCAGGGGGUGGCAGGCGGUGGAGGAAACGGAGGGCCGUCUGUGGCGGCAGCGCCCUCUUCUGGCGGCCCAGCGUCGCACCCGCAGCCCUUGCGACGGAACAGCAGCGGUCUGAGUGGCGGUGUGCUGACCCCUCGGCUCUCCCCUACACUGCCCGUUGCCGUGGGUAGCAGCAGCGAGGCGGCUGGGCUCCUGGACCACCCGCUCGCCCGCCGGGCCCAGUCGGACCCCCUCAGCACUCUGGCCUGGCUGCAGACGGGCGGCGUGGGCGUGGCCUCCUUCUCAUCCUGCGGCGGUGGCGGCGGAGGGUCCAGUUCCAGCUCGGGAUCGUCCAGCUCCACCGGCUACUCGUCCUGUUCGGCAUCCUCGCUGCCCGGCGGCUCCCCGACCGACUCGGAGGGCGGCGGCAGCGGCGUGGGUCUUCCUGUGGCGGGCAUGUUGGGCCGACUGAAGAGCGCUGGCAGCGUGGUCGGCGUCGGGGCAGCGGGGCUGGUGAUGGCGGCCGGCGCAGCAGGAGCGGGCAGCAGAGAUUGCUGCGUGUGCUUCGAGAGCGAGGUGACUGCGGCGCUGGUGCCCUGUGGCCACAACCUCUUCUGCAUGGACUGUGCUGGCCAGAUCUGCCAGUCGCAGGAACCCGAGUGCCCCAAGUGCCACACGCCUGCCACACAGUGCAUCCGCAUCUUUUCCUAAUGCCGCCCUGCCCUGCUUCACUCCCUCCCACACCGUACCCCUACCCCCAGCCCCAGCCCCCUGGGCCUGCACGGCCCACAGCCACCAGAACAAACAAACAUGCACACAUACCAACAAACAACAAACAGCCCCACAGAAACAAACCAACCAAUCAUUGGAAAGCAAAAUCUUCCUGUUCCUGCUCGGGACUUUCUAGAGGUCGUGACCCCACCGAGAGAGACUGGCUGUGUAGCGGGAGGCAUUGGUCACCCCCUCUCUCUGCCCGGCCGCCCACUCUGACUCCCGCAUUAGAUAUGACACUAUACUGAUUGAAUUAUUAAUAAUAAUAAUAAUAAUGAUAAAGAGUAAUAAGAUGGUGAUAAUAAUAACGAUUCUAUUAUGAUAGACUCCUGUGUUUCAUCAGAGACUGCACACGUGUACACAUCUAUUCUUUCCUAGAACAUGGAGCUUUUUACAAAUAAUUUGUUUUGUUUUUCUGUUUUUGGAGGUUGUGGGGAAAGACACCUGUGUCUUACUUUUGCUUCUCUCCUUCGCUCUUCCUCCUCCUUCAACCCUCUGUUUCUCUGUGUGUGUGUGAUGCUGUCUGGGAUGUCUCUGUGCAGCAGACAGUAGAGACUGACUUUUUCCUUUCUCUGAAUGGACAGAUGUGUGUGUGUGUGUUUUCAGUCCAAGGUCACUUAGGUUUGCACUUUCUCCAGCAUUUUCUUUUUGUGCGUGUGUGUGCGUCCGUGUGUGUGUGUGUGUGUGUGUGUGUGUUUGGUGUUCUCUGACACUCUGGAGAAGGCUCUGUCCACUUGGGCCAGCGGUGGCCAUAAGUUGCACUACCACACACAUACACAUACACAUGCAGACACGUACACCAGGCACCUGCAAGUCUAAAUGGUUCCAGAACAUUUUCCCUGUAUAAGAAUACGUAAUAAGAACACUUGUCUGUUGUCUCCGGUGGUAACGGAACAGAUGUGCUAAGUCAGCAGUGAUUGAAACACACGUAGGAUAAGGGCAAACCAGUGCUCGUCACUACAGAGCCAUGAAGGUCAGGCGGCAGAGGUAGAGCCAGGUCUCUCUCUCUCUCUCUCUCUCUCUCUCUCUCUCUCUCUCUCUCUCUCUCUCUCUCUCUCUCUCUCUCUCUCUCUCUCUCUCUCUCUCUCUCUCUCUCUCUCUCUCUCUCUCUCUCUCUCUCUCUCUCUCGUGUCCCCACUAAUAACGGCGAGGUGGUACCGGGUCCCCGGGAUACUGGGGAUCGCCUAGCAUCAUGACGUGUAACAGGAGCUGUUGGGACACCACAACUGUGGUUGCAUUGACAUUUCAACCUUGGGAUUGCUGCCCAUCUGACUGGCCAUUUACCAUCAGCAGCUUGUCUUUUAAUUGGCAUUUUGUUGGUUGAUGGUUUGUAUUAGUGGGGAAGUCUGACUCGUUGAGUCUGGUAGUUGUAGACAGUUACUACUUAGAUCACUCAGAUCCUGAACGGCAGAGUGAAAAGGAUGUGCUAUUGUUUUUCCUCUCUGACUUGUUGAAGCUUUUUUGGGGAGCACUGCUACACUCCAACUGACAUAGAGAAGUUUAGGUCCUUCCCAUACAGUUUCUUAUUCUAAUUGUUGACAUUAUUAUUGAGAUGGCUAUUAUGAUUGCGACUGCUGUUGUUGAUGGUGAUUCACUCUCCAGACGAGGCCAGAAUUGUCCUGGGUCUUGGAGAGAACCCCCAGUCUUCCACCUCCUCCACUAAAGCUCUUGUCCUCCAGCUAGAUUGAGACAGCCCCCCACCCAAUCCCUCAGAUCUCUUGCUCUGUGCUGGCCUAUUCCCAUGUGGUUACUGGUCCUUUUUGCUGUGUCUCAUUCGGCCUUGAAGUGGUCUUCGUCCAGGGUGGCGUAUUGGCAUAUCAUUCAGUGUGAAGCCUGCGUCCGAAUAAGCGGUUCUCUGUAGACAACCCACCCCCCACCCCGUUCCUAGAAGUAAUUUUCCUUGUUUGUAUGCUUAUAUGACAGACCAUGAUUGACAUUCAGACACUAACAUAUGGAGACAUACUUUGUUCAAAAGGGCUUCCACGUCUUCUUCAGGCGCAAGCCUCUCAGUGGUCACUAAAUGAUGUACAUACAUAAACUACACUAACCCCCCCGCCCUCCCAUCACACACACACACACGCACAUACAGUUUAUAUGGCAGCUAGGUCACACAGGGCUUCCAGGUGUGUGUGUCUGUGUGUGUGUGUGUGUGUUUUCUCCCCUCCUGGUCCUGCGUGUGUUGUGUAGUGUACUGUUUGGGUCAUCUGCCAUGUAGUUAUUCUGGGCACUGGACCUGAGGCUGGCUGGCUGGCUGGUUGGCUGGCUAGUCAUAGGUGUGUUCUGUUAGAGAGCUUCAGCUGUUGCCAAGCCUGUGAAGGUUUUUGGGCAUGCCCAGUCCCUGGCACUUUGGGAUGUCUUCAGGACGGGGCUUGUGAUGUCAUCUUUGAGCGCCGGUCCCCGGGCCUGGCACGGACCACCGUCUCCAUGGGAGCGCAUUGCUUUGGGAGCCCUUUGUCCUGAUGUGUGAGGGGAUUGAUUUUGUGCGUCCUCUCUGAUGAAUGGGUUGGGGGUUUUGUGUUAUUGGGGUAAAGGCUGCCCCCUAAUGGUUACAAAGUGCAGUGCCCCCUUGUCUGCCUCUGACUCACUUUCCUUUCUUUUUUUUUUGUUUGUUGCUUUCAAUUUUACUUUAUGCGAAACCAAAAGUCAUUUCAAUAAUAAGGGUUCAGGCUUGGGUGUUGAAUGAGAGGUGUGUGUGUGUGUGUGUGGGGGGGGGGGGGGGGGGGGGGAUUGUAGUGGGUGGGAGGGGAUCAAUGGUCUGCCCUGAACACAAUCAUUUGGACUUAAUUUUGUGCUGUGUGUUUAAUUUUUAAUUGUUGGUUUUUCUUAACCUUCCCAAGCUUAAGAAGUGCUUGACGCUGAAAGUGUAGGUUUUUAAACACAUGUACCAUUCUUUGUAAGUGAUCUUUCUGCAUGUCUUGAAAGCCAACCGGCGCUAACGAAUACUUUUUCUACAAAAAAGUGAGAACUACUUUAAAGAGGAAAAAAAGACAACUUUUUACAUAUUUUUAUUUUUUCAGUUGAUUCCUGGAACCCAUAACUCUCCCCUCUAUAUAAUGUGACCAUUUUAUUACUUCAACUUAAGUCUUUAUUUUCCAUAGUUCUGUUGUUUUCCUCUGUAUAACAUAUAGGCAAUUUAUAACAAAAUGGAGAAAAUUAUUGAAGAAAAAAAAUUAAAAUUGAAAUAUAUUUUAUUUGAAAGUUUAUGGACCUUUUUAAAAGCGCUAAGCCAGAACAGUUGUGUACACACAAGCUUAUGAUGUGCGCUAACUCGACGGUUAUGAGAAAUGUAUUAAGAGUUUUAUUUUUAUGCUUCUUUAAUAAAAUCUAGUUUGUUUUUA